UUUCUUCUCUAAAACAAAGAAAAUGGCUGCUUCUCCUUUGAAUGUCCAGCCUUCUGUCCAUGCUCGCUCAAACAGCUUGCCUUCGAGGGAACACCCCAUGGCCUCACAAAUCGAUGAAAAUCUGAAUAGAUUGAGGGCAUCUCAAUCAGCCUCUACAUCAUCAUCAGUAGGAGAUAAACUGAAUUGUCUUCAAGAUUUGUAUGACUAUGUUGAUAUGUUUCUUCAAUUGCCUCACACUCAACAAGCUCUAGCUCAAGAGCAGCAACGGAAACCGGUUGAUGAACUUUUGGAUGGAUUUCUCUUGCUCCUGGAUGUAUGCGGAACCGCUAAAGAUGCCUUGCUGCUAACAAAGGAAGGCACACAAGAACUUCAAUCGAUUUUACGCCGAAGACGAGGACUUGAAGGGCUUUCAAAUGAGGUUAGGAAAUACUUCACCUCCAGGAAGGCAGCAAGAAAGGCAAUCUGCAAGGCCUUAAAGAACUUGAAGCACAUGGAGAACAAACUUACCACCUCUUCAUUCAGCAAAGAUGGUGAAACCGGAGCCGUGAUUGGCACCUUAAAACAAGUAGAAGCAGUAAUCAUCAGCGUCCUAGAAUCCAUUUUGACCUUUAUUUCAGGGCCAGAGGCUGAAUUGAAAUCAAGCCGGUGGUCACUAGUUUCAAAGUUACUGCACCAGAAAAGAGUAAUGUGCGAGGAAGCAGAACAAAAUACAAAUGAAAUCGCAUAUGCCGAAGCUGUGUUGCGUUCCUUCAUUAAAUCGGGAAACACGAAGCAUGUCGAGAAUGUGCAAAAUGAGCUCCAAAACUCAGAGAUGUGCAUCCGAGAUCUUGAGGAAGGUCUUGAAAGCUUCUUCAGGCGUUUGAUCAAAGCUAGAGUCACUCUUGCCUUCAAGGCAACACCCCUUUGCUUCCGAAAUCGACGACAACUUGAGCCGGUUGAGGGCAUCGGAGGGGUAUCUACAUCAUCAUCAUCGAUAGGUCAUAAGCUAAAUGGCCUUCAGGAUUUGCAUGAAUGUGUUGAUAUGUUUCUUCAGCUACCCCUCACUCAACAGGCUUUAGUCCAAGAGCAACACCGGAAAUGCACGGAAGAACUGUUGGAUGAAUCCCUCAUGAUCUUGGAUGUUUGUAGUAUUGCCAAGGAUGCUUUGAUAUCGAAAACCAAUGAAACCGCAAACGCCGAAGCUCCAUUGCACUCCCUCAUCAAAUCUGGCAAUAUCAAGCACAUUGAGUACGAGCAAAAUCAGCUCCAAAAAUCAGAACUGUGCAUUCAAGAUCUUGAAGAAGGACUUGAUGGCCUCUUUAAGCGUUUGAUCAAAGCCAGAGUCACCGUGCUCAACAUCCUCAACUGUUAA